UAGCGUCGGAUUUUAUUUACGCUUAAAGAUCUAUAUGUGUUUAAAACAUUGAAAAGUUUAUUAUAAAGUAAUCACAUCUGGCUUAUUUAUUUCUAUUUUUAAAACUCACAACAGUUUGAAAAUCCACAACAAAAAGUUCAAAACUUUUUUUCCGUUUUUGUUUGUACUCUUGCAUCAUGGUGUGAAACUUACAACAACAAUUAAAACCAAAGUGUUUAUCUCAAAAUAUUUUUAGUUUUUUUUUUUUUUUUCUGUUUGAUUAAAAUUUUUGUGUAAUGGGCAGUCGAACAUCACCGCAUCCAGAACCAUCAUCGAACAAUGUUGAAAAGUUAAUCGGUUGGACAAAAAUUAAAAAAGAAUCGCCAGAUAAUGAAAUUAAGGAAUUUGCUGAGACUGCUAUGAAUGAAUUGUUAGGAUGGUAUGGAUAUGAUAAAAUGGCACGGGAUGAUUCAUCAUUAUUACAAGGUUUACCACCACCAUCGAGUGCAGCAUCUUCAACGCGUAUGUCAUCAAGGUCACGUAAACAUUCAUCUGAACCAUUAACAUCAGAUCCAGAUUCAUCUGAUGAUGAAGCGUUAUCAAUUCAUCGACGGAAUCGGCUUAAUGAUAAAACACAAUCAACAGAUAAAUUGAAUAAAAAGACAACGGAUGUAGGUAUUUGUGGAUGGUGUAACAAACAACUUCCAAACGACGUAGGUCAAGCAAGUGGAUCAUUUUGUUCGGAGCUAUGUUUUUCACAAUCACGACGCGCUUCAUUUAAAAAGAAUAAAACGUGUGAUUGGUGUCGACAUGUGCGACAUACAGUCAGCUAUGUAGACUUCCAAGACGGUGCUUCACAGUUACAAUUUUGCUCGGAUAAAUGUUUAAAUCAAUAUAAAAUGCAUAUCUUCUGUCGAGAAGCACAAGCUCACUUAGAACUGCUACCACAUGUUCACGUACCAAAUUCAGAAAAUGCUGUUCAACAAGGUUUAAUUACACCAGAUUUGUGGUUACGUAAUUGUCGAUCGCCAUCGAAUGAAAUUCUAUCACCUAGUCCUGUAUAUUCAUCACCACCACCUUCAACAAACCCUCCGACCCAAACAACAACCACUACUACUCCCUCUACAGAAACCCCAAUAAAACCACCUCAACAAACGUCGCCCUUACCUUUAAUUACGGUCGCUCACCCCUCAAAACUAAUGUCAUAUCCAGAAAGAAUUGAAGAUCUCCGUGUAGAACGAAACAAAUCAUCAAAAUCAACGAAAAGGCGGCGAAAUUCAAAUUGUUGUUCCUCGGCAACCGUAACAUCAUCAAUAAAAGACUCACCAGCAACCAAUCAUAAUAAUAAUAACAACCAUCCCCAAGAUCUCUCGGUACAAUCAAAUUCACCAAUUCGUACGAAACCAGUACCGGACGCCAUACCGAUUAUGCAUGCAAACUUGAAUGGUACGGUAAUACCGGAAAAUAUUCCACCACCAAAUAAUCCAACACCUGGGCCUGGACCCAAGCAUUUCGUACCGCCACCGAAUUUUUUCGCUUACCCACGUCCGCCACAUUUAUUUCCCGAACCACCACGCUUAUUUCAUCCUAAUAUGUUUCCACCUACGAUGCCUCAAUCAUUUAUACCUCCUGCUCCCCCACCCAGGCCACCAUUUCAAUCAAUUUUACCCCCUGUUACGGUGCUAGUACCAUACCCUGUAAUUUUACCAAUUCCUUUACCAAUACCGUUACCGAUCCCGAUAGGUGAUUUUCUUAAAGCGGCUUCUUCAUCGUUAAAAAAAGAAAAUUUAACAAAUAAUAAUACGGCAGCGUCAACACCUGCACCAGUGAAUGAAAAUAACAAUAAUGUAGACGAAAAAAUUAAUUUAGAUACAUCGGAGGAAACGGAAACAGAUACCAUAGAAUGUCAAAACGAUGAAAAAGCACAAAUUGAUGUGGAAAAUAAUGAAAAUUCUCCUGCAUCAGAUACAGCCUCUACCCUUUCCAUGAGACCAUUACGAAAACGAAAACGAUUACUAACAACAAAAGAUACUACAAAAGAAAUUAAUUGUAAAACAAGAAAAAUCAAAUAUUUGUCUGUUUGAAAUGUUGAAAAUCUUUAGUGCUAUCAAAAAAGAAACGUACGUUACUUAAUUUUAUUUUGUUUUUCAAAAAAACAUA